UGAAGCUACAGUAUUUUUGCACACAUUCGGGGCGCGCGGAACUGGGGGGGUCCCUGGUGGGCGCCCGCAGUUAAGAUGGCGUCCGCAGUGGAGGGGGACGUGGGAAAGGUGGUGGAGCCGAUUUGGGGUCUAUGGUCAGGUUUUGAGGAGCUGAGCCUUAACAAGUUGGCGACGUCCCUGGGCGCGUCGGAACAGGCGCUGCGGCUCAUCAUCUCCAUCUUCCUGGGGUACCCCUUGGCUUUGUUUUAUCGACAUUACCUUUUCUUCAAGGACAGCUACCUCAUUCAUCUCUUCCAUGCCUUUACAGGCCUCUCAAUUGCUUAUUUUAACUUUGGAUACCAGUUCUACCACUCUUUGCUAUGUGUUAUACUUCAGUUCCUCAUCCUUCGACUUAUGGGCCGCACCAGGACUGCUGUCCUCACUACCUUUUGCUUGCAAAUGGCCUACCUUCUUGCUGGAUAUUAUUACACAGCCACAGGCAACUAUGACAUCAAGUGGACAAUGCCACAUUGUGUCCUGACUUUGAAGCUGAUUGGUUUGGCUGUUGACUACUUUGACGGAGGGAGAAAUCAGAAUUCCUUGUCCUCUGAGCAACAGAAAUAUGCCAUACGGGGUGUCCCCUCCCUGCUGGAAGUUGCUGGUUUCUCCUACUUCUAUGGGGCCUUCUUGGUAGGGCCCCAGUUCUCAAUGAACCACUACAUGAAGCUGGUGCAGGGGCAGCUGACUGACAUACCAGGGAAGAUGCCAAACAGCACCAUACCUGCUCUCAAGCGCCUGAGUCUUGGUCUUGUCUACCUGGUCGGCUACACCCUGCUCAGUCCCCACAUCACAGAAGACUAUCUCCUCACUGAAGACUAUGAAAACCACCCUUUCUGGUUCCGCUGCAUGUACAUGCUGGUCUGGGGCAAGUUUGUGCUUUACAAAUACGUCACCUGUUGGCUGGUCACAGAAGGAGUAUGCAUUUUGACCGGGCUGGGCUUCAAUGGCUUUGAAGAAAAUGGAAAAGCAAAGUGGGAUGCCUGUGCUAACAUGAAGGUGUGGCUCUUCGAGACAAAUCCCCGCUUCACUGGCACCAUCGCCUCUUUCAACAUCAACACCAAUGCCUGGGUAGCCCGUUACUUCUUCAAACGGCUCAAGUUCCUUGGAAAUAAAGAAUUAUCCCAGGGUCUCUCAUUGCUGUUCUUGGCCCUCUGGCAUGGCCUACACUCAGGAUACCUGGUCUGCUUCCAGAUGGAAUUCCUCAUUGUUAUUGUGGAAAAGAAGGCUGCCAACCUAAUUCGAGACAGCCCAGCCUUGAGCAACCUAGCUUCUAUUACUAUCCUGCAGCCCUUCUUCUACUUGGUGCAACAGACAAUCCACUGGCUCUUCUUGGGUUAUUCAAUGACUGCCUUUUGCCUCUUCACAUGGGACAAGUGGUUUAAGGUAUAUAAAUCCAUCUAUUUUCUUGGUCAUGUCUUCUUCCUGAGCCUACUAUUCAUAUUGCCUUAUAUUCACAAAUCAAUGGUGCCAAGGAAAGAGAAGUUAAAGAAAAUGGAAUAAUCUAUUUCCCUGGUGGCCUAGAGCAGGACUGGUGCAGAAACUACUUGUCUCCCUUUUCAUAGCACUCCCUCACCCAAGAGCACAGUGAACAGAAAAGCCAGGGAGCUGGAAGCCAUGCCACUCCCAGCUGUGCCUCUGCUGCCCGCCAAGUCUUCAAUGGGCCAAAGGGGAAGUUCUUGUGGGAGGAGCAGAGGGGAUGCACCCCCCUCAGGCUCCCCCAUGCACGUUGCCUUAUCUCUCCUCUCUAGCCAGGAAUCUGUUGUGUUCUUCUGCCAAUUUACUACGAUUGUAUAUGUGCUGCUACGCCCACCCCCCCCAUGGGGGGGAGGGAGGGCACAAGGCCCCACCUGCUCCACUUUUUCUAUCUUGGAACUGUACCAGAUAAAAUCACUUCUGUUUGUUCAGUUUUUCACUGCUAGCA